CGUUCUCUUUCUAUACUAAACACACUACUCCGCUCUCUCCACAUUACGGCUACGUAGCUCUUUGGACCACUUUCCUUCUUCUACACCCUCUAUUCUCUCCUCCCCCCUCCCAUUUGUUUCCUGUUAAGCCUUCUUUUAUUCCCAUCAUGCCUCUAGAAGCUCGGGUCAAGUCUGUCCUCUCUGGUGACACGCUUGUCCUGUCACAUGUCACCAACCGUGGUCAGGAACGCACACUGAGCUUGGCAUAUGUGUCCGCUCCCCGCCUCCGGAGAGAGGGCGACGAGCCAUUCGCAUUUGCCUCCCGCGAAUUUCUCCGUGAGCUUCUUGUUGGCAAAGUGGUGCAAUUCCAGGUCCUCUACACCAUCCCCACCGGCAUUAAACGUGAAUACGGAAUUGUGAAAAUCCCCGGAACCAAUGCCUCCCUGCCAGAGCUUGCAGUGCAGGAAGGGUGGACUCGAGUCCGCGAAGAAGCUGGCAAACGCGGCGACGAGUCUGAGGAUUCGCUGGCACUGCUCGAGAAGUUGAGAGGAUUGGAGGCGCAGGCCCAAGCGGACGACAAGGGUGUUUGGGGAAAAUCCGACAAGGGGAGCCUCGAGACCGAUUAUGAAGUCGCGGAUGCGAAGGCCCUGGUUGAACAGUACAAGAAUCGGCAGCUGGACGCUGUGGUCGAGCGGGUCCUGAAUGGUGAUAGGGUGUUGAUUCGACUGUUUCUGGAGCCAACCCAUCACCUUCAAACAUUGCUUGCUGUUGCCGGUGUCCGCGCCCCAGCGUCUCCCCGUGUCGGUGCUGAUGGCACACAACAAUCCGGUGAGCCGCUUGGAGAUGAAGCGCAACAGUUUGUUGAAGCCAGAUUAUUGCAGCGAAAAGUUAAAGCUCAGCUGCUUGGAACAACUCCUCAGGGUCAGUUGAUCGGGUCAGUUAUACAUCCUAAUGGCAAUAUUGCCAGAUAUCUGUUGGAGGCUGGUUUAGCUCGUUGCUUUGACCACCAUUCUACCUUGUUGGGCGGUGGAAUGGCCAACUUCCGUCAAGCUGAGAAGGUUGCUAAGGACAAAAAGAUCGGAUUGUUUACAGGACAUGUUGCUACCAAGGGGCCUGCUGGCGGUGCGGAUAGUGAUUACGUUGUCAGCCGUGUGCUGAAUGCCGACACCAUCUUUUUGCGAGGCAAGGCUGGCGCAGAGAAGAAGAUCAGCCUUAGCAGUAUUCGACAACCUAAGCCUUCCGACCCUAACCAAGCCCCCUUCGCAGCAGACGCCAAGGAAUACUUGCGAAAGAAGGUUAUUGGAAAGCACGUUAAAGUCACUAUUGACGGCAAGAAGCCUGCUACUGAAGGCUAUGAAGAACGUGACGUUGCUACGGUUGUGCAAGGCAACACGAAUCUUGCUCUUUACUUGGUCGAAGCUGGUUACGCAUCUGUCAUUCGUCACCGACAAGACGACGACGACCGUUCACCUGAAUAUGACGCACUCCUCGUCGCUGAGGAUUCUGCUAAGAGUGAAGAAAAGGGAAUGUGGGCGACCAAGCCCCCCAAGGCCAAACAGUAUCAAGAUUACUCUGAAAGCCUACAAAAGGCCAAGAUGGAAGUUUCCAUUUUACAACGGCAGAAAAAGGUUCCUGCUGUCGUUGAUUUCGUCAAGUCAGCAUCUCGGUUCACUGUUCUUGUUCCCCGCGAAAAUGCCAAAUUGACCUUUGUUCUUUCUGGAAUUCGUGCUCCCAAGUCGGCUCGCAAUCCGGGUGAUCCAGCGGAGCCGUUUGGUAACGAGGCACACGAGUUUGCGAACCGGAGGGUGAUGCAACGUGAUGUCGAGAUUGACGUGGAGACUAUCGACAAGGUCGGCGGUUUCAUUGGCGUAUUGUAUGUUAACCGUGAGAACUUUGCGAGAGUUCUGGUCGAGGAAGGCUUCGCUACCGUUCAUGCUUAUUCGGCUGAACAAUCGGGCCAUGGCCAGGAGCUCUUUGCGGCAGAGCAGAGAGCCAAGGAGACCCGCAAAGGAGUGUGGCAUGACUGGGACCCGAGUAAAGAUGCGGAUGAGGAAGAGGCUGCUGUUGCCGGCAAUAGCACUGAGGGCAAUGGAGAGAGAGCUGAACGACGAAAGGAUUACCGCGACGUCGUGGUCACACAUAUUGAUCCAGAAACAGCCAAGUUGAAGGUACAGCAAAUUGGCACCGGUACAUCGGCGUUGACCGAGCUCAUGAACUCCUUCCGAUCAUUCCAUCUCAGCAAGACCAACGACACUCCCCUCCCUGGACCUCCCAAGGCUGGCGACUUUGUUGCAGCUCGCUUUACGGAAGACAACGAGUGGUAUCGGGCCAAGAUUCGACGAAACGACCGCGAGAAAAAGACGGCUGAAGUGCUGUACGUUGAUUUCGGCAACUCCGAAGUCAUUCCGUGGUCCCGUCUGCGGCCUUUAUCGCAGCAAUUUUCCACACAGAAGCUGAAGCCACAGGCCAUGGACGCCGUCCUGUCGCUGCUGCAGUUCCCUGUAUCCCCCGACUAUCUCGCAGACGCUGUGCAGGUGAUUGGUGAGCAGACUUUCGAUCGCGAACUGGUGGCCAACGUCGACUAUGUUUCUCCCGAAGGAACUCUGUACGUGACUCUUCUCGACCCGCGGGCCUCGCAGAACUUGGAUCAGAGCAUCAACGCAGAAGUCGUCCGGGAGGGCCUAGCAAUGGUCCCCCGCAAACUCAAGGCGUGGGAGCGCGCCUCUGAAACCACGCUGGCGCAUUAUAAGAAAGUCGAGGAAGAAGCCAAGCAGAAUCGACGGGGUAUGUGGGAAUAUGGCGACUUGACUGAGGAUUAAGAUUGAGUCGAUGAACUACGAUUGGUUAUAAAAAGGUUAUAAAGCUUUACUUCAGAUGUCAUUAUUGGACAUACGCAAUUGAUGAACUGACGGCCACUCAUCUAUUCUUUCUUUGUAGACUGUAGAGGUGUCCGGCACUCAGGGCGUAAAAAGAUGCAUAUUUCAAUCCUGACCAGUCGUAUAUAAAGAGCGGUGAGGCCAAUAGUAGUCGAUAGUACAUGUACCAUGGAGCAAGUGUGUUUCCGCGCUUUUCCGGCUGCCAGAUCGAUCAUGAUCAUCUGACAAGGCUACGCCAGUCAUCUGCAUGUCCAAGAAUCUAGUCUGAUUAAUUUUCUGGUUCAUUCUUAUUAUUUCU